GCCAGUAUUUCCACAGUAACCGCAGUUGACUGUCGAAUUUCUCGUGUGGUUCGUCGCGCGUUUUUACACAAUUUUAUAAGUAGAUGUGCGGUUAGUUGUGCGCAAAUAAGGGCCAACGAGAUGAUCCCUACGGCACGUGUUUCUUUGAAAUAACCCGCGACAAAGUGUCUAAUUCAACAUUUAUAACGUGAAUGUAUGACCAUUUUUAAGUCGAUCUUCAACAACUCACCCAGGUGAUGCAUCUACCAGUUCCGGUGCAAACUUGCAACGUUUCAGAAGAAGCUUGGCCGAAAUCGACCAUGGCUGAGCCUGCUUCAGUCUACCAAAACCCAGAUUUCUACUGGUUCGAACACCGAGUCCACGAAGUGCAAUCCGAACACCCCGGCGAACUUGUCCGAACCGGUAGUCCGUAUAUUUUGUGUACACAGUUACCGACGCAUUGGCGAUCGAACAAAACUUUACCAGUAGCGUUCAAAGUGGUAGCAGUGGGGGAUAUAGGGGAUGGAACCGUCGUUACGGUACGGGCGGGGAACGACGAAAAUUGUUGUGCAGAACUUAGAAAUUGUACGGCUGUUAUGAAAAACCAAGUGGCUAAAUUUAACGAUUUAAGAUUCGUCGGACGAAGCGGUAGAGGUAAAUCGUUUUCAAUAACAAUAACGAUUUCAACGACUCCCCCUCAAGUGGCGACUUACAACAAAGCCAUUAAAGUUACCGUUGACGGACCACGUGAACCUCGCUCAAAAACUAGUGUACAACAUCAAUCGUAUAGGAACGUAGGUUUAGGACAAAGACCCUUUUUGGAAUCGACGCCCUUUUCCCCAUUAAGGGAUUUGGAGAUGUAUAAAAACAAAAGUGUACGACUGUCGCAAACUGUUGAUGGACCCUUAAAUUCGUAUAAACAGGAAUCAUCAGAUGACAACCCGAGCAGUACGACACAUUGUCCUUCGAGUACUUGGCCUGAAUAUACAAAUUCGUAUGCCCCGUAUAGUCCGCAAACAAAUUAUGACCCGCAUCAAGAUUCAACGUACGCUACUCACGUACACCUCCCGACAGUUCUUCCAGAUUCGAGUUCGAACGAAUACAUCACAACGUCCCUGACGUCACCGCCGCCGAUAUUCAACAGUGCCAAAUCAGAUUUAGAUAUGAUAAGCACGAGGUAUCCCGACAACAACUCCUAUUGUCCCAACAAUUGGUCGGCGAACCCAUCGGCGUACAACAACAAUUAUUACAAUCACACCUACAACCAACAACAGUAUUUGAAUCCGCCGACGAUGGUGGUUUAUCCCUCCCUUUAUUCGACUGUGAAUCAAAGCCAAAUACAUUUUCAUCUACACGCACCCAGUGAUAAAUUCGAUCCUUAUAAAAACGAACCUUAUAUUAAGGGCGAGCAAUAUUUAACGGAUAGUAAUGCUCUGACGAACCCUCAAAGGGUAGAAACGGUGCAAAAUAGUGAUGUAGUGCACGCACACGUGGAUCCUUUAAGGAUCGAAGAAUCGGAACGAACCGCACAAUCCCAAAAUGAUCCUUCGGUGUGGAGGCCGUACUGAUAUAUUUUAAGUUUAUUUAUUAUUGUAAAAUAUAAAAUUAAGAUUUA